UGUAAAUGCGGAACAAGAAGCAGGCCUUGCAAAAACAGGGAACAACAUGCAGAAAGAAUUGUGGAAGGGAAUAUUAAUGCUAAUCCUAGUGCAUUUGAAAGGCACCAACAAGCAGUUGAAACUGCACAACGAGAGAUAGAGGCAUUUAUUGCUCCACUCAGUAGUGACGAAAAGGAUAACUUAUUAGUGCGACUCCUCAGUCAGGGUCGUGGGAGCCUAGACUUUGCACGGAAUUUACUGGAAGAUGUCAGAGAACCAGAUCCAGAUCCAGAUCCAGAUCCACCACAGAAUAAUCCCACUGGUACUGGUGGUAUCGCCUGGUGUAAAUGCUCAGUCUGCGAAGUAAUGCCCACAACUGAAGAAAAUGUAUGCUGCAAAUUAGUUACUUGUGUUACUUCUUAUCAGAGAUUUCACAACAUCUGUAUUGACAGAGAAGUUUUGGAACUGGCCAUAAGAGUACGAUGUGAUAUUAGAGCAGAUGAACCAGAUUAUUCUAUGACAAGCUACAGAAUAGCAGCAUACAGACAAUAUGUUUUGUGGAAAUAUGGAAA